AUGGACAUAAGAGGCUGCACCUGGCUGCUGCCGCUGCUGUGGCUCCUGCAGGGACAGAGCCACCAGGCUCUAAGGCGAUCUAAGAGAAGAUGGGUUCUCACCACGUUGGAACUGGAAGAGGAAGACCCAGGGCCCUUUCCCAAAUUUGUUGGGGAGCUGUUCAAUAAUAUGUCAAAUAAUGUGUCACUGAUAUACUUAAUCAGAGGACCUGGUGUGGAUGAAUUUCCAGAGAUCGGUUUAUUCUCUAUAGAAGAUCAACAAAAUGGAAAAAUAUAUGUUCACCGCUCUGUCGAUCGAGAAGUGACACCAUCUUUUAUGGUUUACUUUGAUGCUGUGGAUCGGUCCACGGGGAGAGUUGUGGAUGAAUCCCUGAUUUUCAACAUUAGAAUCAGAGAUGUGAAUGAUCAUGCACCCCAGUUUCCCGAGAAGGAAUUUAACAUCAGUGUGAGAGAGAGCCAAGUUGCAGGUCAACCUAUCUUUCAGUUGUUAACGGUCGAUUUGGAUCAAGAAAACACUCCAAACUCUCAAGUUCUUUAUUUCCUCGUUUCUCAAACACCAUUACUGAGAGAAAGUGGCUUUCGGAUUGAUCUCAUCAGUGGGGAAGUACGACUCUCCGGAUGCUUAAAUUAUGAGACUGCUCCUUGGUUUACUCUGAUAAUCAGAGCAACGGAUUGUGGAGAACCAUCCCUGUCAUCCACAGCCACCAUUCAUGUCAGUGUGGAAGAUGGCAACAAUCACAUGCCUAUGCUUAUGGAAGACCACUAUAACAUUCAGAUUUCUGAAAAUCAAGUCGAGUGGGGCAUGUUGUAUCUCCCUGUUCAAGACAGAGAUUCACCAUUUACGCCAGCUUGGAGAACACAAUUCAACAUAUUGGAUGGCAAUGAGGAGGAACAUUUUGACAUCAUGACUGACCCUGAGACCAACCAAGGGGUAUUAAAUGUUAUCAAGCCUCUGGAUUAUGAAACUCAAGCAGCCCACAGCCUCGUCAUUAUUGUGGAGAAUCAGGAACAGCUCUUCUCUUGUGAGGAGGGCCAGCUGCAGCCGUCGACGAAGGCAGUAGCCAGCACCACUGUGAGUGUGCACGUGAUAGACACCAAUGACCCACCAGCCUUUCACCCCAGGACCUUCAUCACCAGUGAGGAGGAUGGAGCCGGGCCUGGCAUCCAGCUGGGAUAUUUCAAUGCUACAGACCCAGACAGGAUCACCAGCCAGAUAAGAUACAUACUGGUUCAUGAUCCAGCAAAUUGGGUGACUGUGGAUGAAAAAUCAGGAGUGGUCACCACCAAGAGGCAAAUAGACCGGGAGUCCCCUCAUGUGAAUGACAGCUUUUACACAAUCAUUGUCCAUGCAGUUGACAAUGGCCUCCCUCCGCUGACUGGCACAGGGACCCUGAUGCUUUUCCUGUCUGACGUCAAUGACAACGCUCCGACUCUCCAGUCCCAUUCUCAACACUUGGAGAUGUGUGAGACUGCCAGGAACAAGCCCCUGCUCUUGGAGGCCGAGGAUGCAGACCUGGACCCCUACUCUGACCCCUUUACUUUUGGUUUGGACUCUGCCCAGAGAGAUGUAGAUGAUACUUGGAUGCUGAGGACAAAGCAGGGGCACUCUGCUGAACUUGUAAUGCUGAGAAGCCUCCCUCCUGGGGAUUACUUGGUGCCACUAUUCAUAGGAGACAGACAGGGCCUCACCCAGAAACAGACAGUCCACGUGAGGAUCUGCUCCUGUCCCAGCGGAUCUAAGUGCGAGAAUCGCUCAGAUGUGGGGUUCCUGUGGUGGGCCCUGUCCCCUAUGUGUGCGGCACUCCUGGCACUGGCAGCUGCUCUGCUUUUCCUGCUGAGGUGCCACUUUGCAUUUGGACCCAAGAGACUCAGAGGCUUCAUCCCAAGUGACAAUGGCCACCAGACACUGAUUGUGUACAAUGAGGAAAGCAAAGCCCUUUCCGCCCAGAUGCAGCCAACUGGGGAAGAUCAGAUGCCUACUUUGUCCAGCACAGCUGUGGCCAGUGCCAAGCCUGAUGUGAAGGGUCAUAGCAUGUUCUUUGAGCCAAGAGGCAUGAGAAACCGAUCUUCCACACCGGUCUGUCUGGAUCGCUUGGUGCCCAGAUGCCCCCAGAAACUUCUGGAAGGAAGGGUGGUGGAGACAUGGAGUCAGAAGCUCCACAAAGUUGAUAUGCUGGAGGGCGACACUGGCUACCAGCCACAUGUCUACAGAGAGGAGGGAGAGUAUGGAGGAGCUGAGACCCUCAGCUCACUGACCCUCUUGGAGCAGGACCUCUCUCCUGAGUUGUUGGAUUACUUGAGUUCAAAAUCUACUCUAUCUGAAGCAAUGUGUUCUGCAUCAAGAGUUCCUUCAUAAAAGGUGGGCAUGAUCUGGGGAAAUAGUCUCCCCUCAUGGACCUCUCCUUUUGUCCUUUAUUCUUAAGGACUUUCUAGUCCACAGUGGUUAGUGUUGCAAACUUGACAAUCACUUGGGAAACAUCUGGGAGAUGUACCUCUGGCAUGGCAGUGGGGGAUUUGGGAAGUGAUGUCCACUGUGGGUGGCAUCAUUCCUUAUCUGGGAUCCUGGACUAUAGAAGUGGAGAUAUGGAGCUGAGCAUCAGCUCUCAUCACUCUCUGCUUCCUGAUUGUGCAUGUCAUGUGACCUCAACUUCAGACGCCUGUCACCUUGACUUCCCGUCAUGCUGGGCUGUACCCUUGAACUGGGAACAGAAUAAACCCUUCUCCUUUAAGCUGCUCUUGUCAGUGUUUCUUCACAGUGACAGGAGAGAACGAACUAAGACAUGGUUAUAGAUGAGGAUCAGCUGUGAAUCAAAACUCUGUCUUGAAGCAAAGCAGAAUGAUGGGCUGUACACUUUUCAGAAAAUGUGACAAACCAUAUUUAUAAAGACUUAAAUCGAAUCAUGUAUUCUUCGCUUCUGUUGGUGACCCAGCUCUGAUGGUGAGUGAAAAAUACAACCUAUGGAUCACCUGGCUGUUUGGUGAGCAGUGGGUAAUUCUGAGAGAAAAUG